GUUCAUUACCGCCACCCUAACCUCCGCCACCAUUUUCUAACUGUUUCUACUGACUCUCUCUCUCUCUCUAUAUAUAUAAAUACAUGUAUGUAUGUACGAGGAGGUGGUUGAGAGAUGGAAAUAUUAGCUGAAAUACUAUCGGAGAGAGAAGGUCUGUAGUUUAGAUAAUUCCGGCGAGAUCCGAUCAUUCCGGCGAGCUUCCAGAAUCGCUGUCCCGAGGUGCGCGGCUCUAUGUUACAGCGAUGGUCUUUUCUCGGGUUAUAACAAUCGAGAAAUGCUACAUUCCUUUGCUGUUACUCACUUUAGAUCCAAAAUAUGGCUUCGCAAGCGCAAAAAACCUCAGGCUUCUUCGGAUAAUCCGUAAGUUAAAGGUAUAGCGCGGUGGAAUCUGUUGUGUACAGUUUCUGAUUUAGGUUUUUAGUGAUUGAACGUAUAGAUAUAUGCAUAGAGAUGAAAGUGAGGUUAGGAAAGGAGGAUUGAAUGAUUUGAAGGUGGGGAAUGAGAAGAUGGAGCAGUUAGAGGAAGUUGAGGGGGUGAGAUUGAGCGAGGCGGAAGAGGAUGAUGAGUCUUCUCAGGAAAUUCGAUUGCCGGCGGAUAUAGAAUGGCAAAUGCUUGAUAAAUCCAAGUUUUUCUUCCUGGGUGCGGCCUUAUUUUCGGGUGUUUCCGCGGCUCUUUACCCUGUUGUGGUGUUGAAAACCAGGCAGCAAGUGGCUGAGUCUCGGCUUUCCUCUAUAGCAACUGCGCUCUCUGUGUUGAGGCAUGAGGGCAUUCGCGGGUUGUAUAGAGGAUUUGGGACUUCCUUAAUGGGUACAAUUCCUGCUAGAGCGCUUUACAUGGCUUCUCUUGAGGUUACCAAGAGCAAUGUUGGGAUUGUCACCAUUAAGCUUGGCUUCCCGGAGGCAACAGCAGCUGCUAUAGCCAAUGCAGCUGCUGGGUUGAGUGCUGCCAUGGCUGCACAGCUAGUUUGGACCCCGAUUGAUGUGGUGAGCCAGCGGCUCAUGGUGCAGGGUACUUGUGCUCAUGGCACAUCAUCGUCUUCCUUGAAAUAUCAUAAUGGGAUUGAUGCUUUUAGGAAAAUUCUUAGCACGGAUGGGCCGAGGGGAUUGUAUAGAGGAUUUGGGAUUUCGAUUUUGACUUAUGCACCUUCUAAUGCGGUUUGGUGGGCAUCUUACUCCAUUGCCCAGAGACUUGUUUGGAGUAGUUAUGCUUAUGGUUAUUACAUUUUCAAGAAAUAUGAUGAGGAUGAGAGGGUUGUAACUAGUAUGGACCCUCUCAUACCUGAUUCCAAAACUGUAAUGGUGGUACAGGGGCUCAGUGCAGCCAUUGCUGGUGGCAUAUCAGCUUUGAUUACAAUGCCUCUAGAUACAAUUAAGACAAGACUACAGGUUCUUGAGAGUGAUGACAAUGGCCGGAAGGGUCCAACUGUUGUGCAAACAGUCAGGAAUUUGGUCAGGGAGGGUGGAUGGGCGGCUUGUUACAGAGGCUUAGGCCCCCGCUGGGCUUCAAUGUCCCUGUCUGCUACCACCAUGAUCACCACAUACGAAUUCUUGAAAAGGCUUUCCACAAAGAAUCAAGAUUGCUGGACUGCAGCACAAUGAUCAUAGAGAUGAUCAAAAGCUCAAUCCUUGUGGUGAUAUCAAGAAAAGGUCUCUUUCACCAUCAACUUGUGUGCAAUUGGCCAAUUAAGUCUAAAAGGAGUAGCUUUCAAUCAGCAAUUGGAUAAAUGGGUUUGGUAGGGUACUGGUAUUGAUUGACUUGUAUGCCCAGUUGGAUUAAUGAAUUGAAUUCAGCCAAUCAUAGAAGAUAAUUCUUGAAUCCAACUGAUAGCUAUGGUGAUAUUAACAUGUUGCUGUGCAAUGAGAUUUGGUUUAUGUACAAGGCAAGCAUAUACUUUAGCUCAACUAUGGCAAAGGCCCUGGGAUUAUCAACCACUUCAACAGAUAUUUUGAGAGCAAGGAAUACAAAAGUAUCUUUGAAUGCAUUGUAUAUAUGGGUAGGUAUCUGUUCUUAUAUUCCUGUCCUCUAACAUUGUAGACAGAAUUGAUUUGCAUAAUAAAUGAAUCACAUGCAUACUUGCCUACCCAAGAACUUCUCUUUGA